AUGAUUGACUACUCACAUUGUCAGUCGCGAGUGGAUCGUCUAGCUCAUGGAACUUCGCCAUCGACAGACAACGCUGUUCUUCAUUUCUUUGGUUGUCUAAGGUUUGAAGAACGUCAAUCAUUCUUGGAUAGCCUUGAUGAUUCGGAUCGAGCGAAGCAAAGAAUUCAAGACGAGAAUACCAGGAUACAAAACAUGAGAAAUAUCUUUGAGAUGGAAGGCCACAAUACAGCUGCAGGUAGCCUGCUCUAUCGUUUCAAAGUAACUUUAGGGUAUAGGUUUCCCAAACUCAAUAAUCUUCCUCGCCCUAGAAUUGACCCGGUUCCAAACGCGAGAAGUGCUGAGGCUAGAAGGAAUCUGAAGCGGGCAGAAGAACGUGAAAAAGAGUUUGUGCUUGAGGAUCUCAACGCGAACAUCAUAUAUUUCAAAAAGGAAAAACACGACCAACAUCUGCAACCUUACGAUCAUCCAAAGUUUCUUCCCAGCAAAUUUCCGGACCAAAAGAUCAAACUCAGUCAGCUUCUGAAGGAUGAUUCCGAUAGUAAUCCUUUGAUGUGGAAGUGCGAAGAGAACAUGAUACGGUACUUCCAUCUUCCAGCAAACAACAUGGAAUGGAUUGAGGAAGCAAUAGCAAGAUACUACGAUGAAAGGAACGUCCAACUUUCUGGUCCAUAUCAAAAACCACGAAGACCAGAAGACCACUCCAAGACAAGAAUGCUCUUGCGACCGCAGUAUUGGCGGGGACUUCAACAUGGCAAUCACAUUGGCUUACCAACUCAUACCAGACAUAUGCGCCCAAGAUGUUAUCCUAUCUCAACAGAUUACCAGAACCUCGAGCCGCAGCCCAAAAACCUAGCACUUUUUAUGCCAUACUUACACUGGGAGACUGAUCGGAGAAGAGCACGUUCCGCAGAAGUUGUAAGGAGGUAUGGCAAUGACCGCUGGACACCAUUUGCCGAGGUAGUAGAUCAACGGCAUACGCCAGUCAAUGUUUCCAAAAUGAAGCGAAUAUCAUCAGAUGGUUUUCCAGAGCACAUAACGACGAUAAUAGAAGCUGCUCAAGGUUGGUGCGGCCCCAAAAAGAUAACUCUAAAGAGCUAUCAAGGACAGACCUUGUUAGGCAAGCUGCUCUUGCUAGCAGCAGCGCUGUACGAAGAGCUAGAUGCAUAUACGGAUGAAAAGAUGGUGAAGCAUUACCUCACGAGCAACCCGCCUCUUCAUCCUAGAAGGACUUUAGAUCAAAGCUACUACUGGACGCUGAGAGAUACUCGCUCAAGGGAUCGUGAUCAGGUUGUGUAUCGUGGGACGGCGCCGCCGCCAAAACUCCUGCAUCAUCAAUGUCGUAAAAAGGCGAACAAAGAUCGACCAUGUGCGCAAUGUCAGGAGAAUGCUAGCAAGGUACCCAGAGUGGUUAUGGUUGAUCAAUUAUGGAUGUGGAUCUUAGAUGAGAAUACUGUCAUCACCUGUUUUCCGAAAAGGUUCGGUAGGAAUAAACCAGAUGUCUCUGCGGUCCAGAAAUGUAUCCGCACGCGAUUGAGGGCGGCAAGAAUCGAUGAAGUCCGCUCAGUCUACGAUCUCGCAAUUAUUAUCAUUGAUCAAUGCUCCAGAGUUUUCUUUGAUCGAACGCAAUCGGAGGAUCUUCAGCCCCAGGUAAUGGAUUGCUUCGGCAAUGCUAUUGGUAGGGUGACACACAAGCAAAGCAUAGCAUUCGACCAUUUCUGGGAAUGUACACGACUUGCAUCUAAGCGAUACAACUCCCGUAACGAGCCGGACAACGGCACAGCCAAGAAAUCACAGAACGUCUUGCUCGAUAUCAACCCAGAGGGAGAUUUACUUCGGGAGAUCAAAGAUAUUAUGGAUGAGAUUUUCAUUAUGAUGCUAAUUAAGAAGCAGGAAGAAACGGUAGCUCGAACGUUCGCUAAGCAUAUCAAACCACUUAUAAAGAAGACAGCGUACUUGAGUAAUGCGGCUGAUAGUCGGACAUCGGAUGAUGAUAGCGAUUCAAGCCGACGACAUGACGAUGGACUCCUGGCUUCUCCUGUACUGAGACAAGGUCCCAAGAUAAUCAUUCCCCGUUCUGCAGUUUCAGAGGAUUAUGAAUGGACAUCAUCGUCUGCAAAUGAGCUAGUCGAGAGAAUUGAGAGUCAAUUGCAGGAAUUGAAAUACCUCCAGGACGCUGCUGAGAACGCUUCAUUAGCUUUGAAAGACCUCUUGAGUCUGAAACAGCAACAAGCCGGCGUUGUAGAAGCUCGAGAAGCAGUCAAACAAGGCGAAGAGACUUUAAGGCAAGGACGCGCAAUUAUGCUUUUCACCGUCAUCACCAUCAUCUUCCUACCCAUGACUUUCUUCCUCGGAGUCUUUGGCAUGAACACCACGGAACUCAUAGGAGACGCUCCCGGUUCGAGUAACUGGAAAUACAAAGACGUCUUCAAGUUCAUGAUUCCCAUAUCGAGUGUAGUAAUCACCUGCUCUCUCUGUCUCGCAUUCUCCAAGCUCGUCCGCGCAGUUCUAUCUUACGCUUUCAACAUUUCCUGGACCUACUUCAUAACGCAAACGUCGCUCUAUGUUACCUGGCGCGAUACUUCGUUGAACAGUAAAUGGUUGCAUGAAGAUCGCAAGGUCAAAGUCAACGCUAUGAAGACGAGAGCAAAGCAGAAAGCGCUGGAAGAAAAGAUGAAGCAGGCUCGGCGGGUUGCGAAAUUGGAGUCAGACGCAAAGCAGAAAAGGGAAAUCAGGAUUAGGUCGGGAAAUAUUGCAAGCUAUAAUAUUGCUUCUCCGAUUACGCCUACAAUGGGAACAGCGGCUUUUGACACCCCGAGGAGGAAUCAAAGGUUGCGGUCAAGUGAUUUGGAGAUGACGGGUGCCGUGAUGCAAAACGGGGGAUGA